AGUGAACACACACAUUCUGCUAGAGUGGUAACAGUUGAUAUCUACCUAAGAAAAACAGAAGAGCUUCUUAAUGACCCUGUGACUGUUACAUCAGAAGAAAAUUGUACUGAUUUGGACACAAUGGAUAAAAAAUCUGCUAAUAAAAGAUCAGGAAAAAGGAGGAAAUCUCAGUCAUCUAGUGACAUUCCAAAUGGAGAGAGGAACCACACUGAGGCUACAGCACGAGAAGAAUCUGUUUUUGAGGAUGAUGUCUCCUCUGAGGUGUUUCCAGACAAAAUAAUAAACUCAGAAAGAAAAGCCAAGUCUCCUCAACAGACUCCUGAGAGGAAUUCCUCUUCCUCCGGUAGUAAUCAGGAUCUAAAAGCUGGAUCUGCUCACAAAGGGGCAUCUAAAACUGAAGCUGACAAAGGCAAGCAGCAGAACUCGGGCACAGCUCCUGCAAGGAGACGAUCAUAUAAAAAGAAUCAGUCAGAUGCUGUCCCCAUUUCCCCUACUGGUUUGAAGGGUCAGGUGAAAGAUUUCUCCUCAAAAAGGCAACCUUUAGCAUCACCAGAGAGUAACCCAGUGACAAAAAGAACUUUGGUGGAAAAGGGAGCUAUACCUGUGGCUUUUGGGGAAGACAGCUUGGAGUCUCCCAAAGUUUCUUUGGCUGAUAAGACAGAAGACACUGCCUUGGUGUUUGCUGAAGGUAGAAAUGAGACCAAGGCUGUAAAGCAUGCUAAUGGUUCAGAUGGAAGAGCUUCCUUGCAUACUGAUGGGAUUAAAAAUGGAGACCCCAGUGUAUCAGCUGAGAGACAGACAAAUUCUGAUUUAGACAGCUUGAAGCUGAGGAGUUUGGAUGCUUCCAGAACAAUCACAACAAAGAUUAGCCUUCCAGCCAAACCGAAGAGUGUAGAGCUGAAUUUUAAAGCAUCUACGAAUCAAAACAGUUUAGAAAGUGAGCAGGAUACUCUCGAAAAACCAGCUAAUAAAACUAACAGCAACAUUGCCAACAAAAUUUCUUUGUUUGAAAAUAAAUGUGCUAACCAGAGCCAGAGACCUGCUGACAUCCCUGCUUCAAAAAACAGUACUGUACCAAGCACAUUUGUUGGCAGAGCAAAGCUGAAGUUUGGAAAACAACCCAAGGAAAGUGAACAACAGCCUGAUAAAACAUUAAAUAAGCAAAGCAGUCGUCAGAAGUUAUUUGAGAAUGGCAUGCCAGAGAAAGAAAGCAUUGCAGAAUUAAAAGGCAGAAAUGAAGAAGGCUCUGCCUUUUGUGAGGAUAUUGGGAAGACAACAGAACUUAAAGUCAAAGCUGCAAUAUCCCUCUUCAACCAAAGCAGCAAAACCGAUGCUGGUAGUGUCUCCUUGAAGCAACCCGAUCCAGAAUUAGCCACAGCUAAAAAAGAAAGUCCACCUUUUAAACUGUCUUUGCACUCACCCAGUAAAAGUGAAAAUGCUCAGGAUGCCUCCUACCAAAGAAAUAACACAAGCUCGGAAUUCCACAGAAAUGAAGAAAAGAUGCUGCCAGACACGGAGGUUGUAUCUCCUUGCAAUGAUGAUAAAUAUCCUCUACCAUCCCCUCAGAUUUCUAGAUCAGAAUUUAAGAAGAUGGAAAAUGGAGAUAAGGUAAAGCUGAGAGAUUUGAGCUUUGCAGCACUGCAGUGUGAUGACAGCAAUCAAGGUAAUACCUUGAUAUCAGAGUACCACCCACAAAAGAGCCCAGGCAGAACCUGUAACGGGUCUGCUGAAGACGACAGCGUGUUUGAUUCUCCAUCUGACAUGAAGAAGUUUUCUGAGACAAUAAAAAACUUGGAGAGCUCGGUUUGUUUACCCCAGAAAAAGAAGAGGUCAAAGCUUCCCAAAUCCCCAGCACCCCACUUUGCGAUGCCUCCCAUUCAUGAAGACAACUUAGAGAAAGUAUUUGAUCCUAGUGUAUUUACAUUUGGUUUGGGACUGAGGAGGGAAAAAACACAAGAUCUGUUACCAGCCCAACAAAUGAAGAUACAAAGCCUGGAAACAAUAGCCAGAGUCAGGCCAAAACGUGCAUCCACUGAGCAAAGCAUCAUCUUCAAAGCCCUGCAAUCAUGUAAUAGAGAAGAACCUGCCUUUCCUCAGGAAAUCAAUGGAAAAGAGAACAUUGAUGGGACAGAUGGUGAAGUAAAGAGAUCCCGGCUUGAAAAAAGCUCCCUCUUCUCAAGCUUGCUGUCUUCUACUACAUCUAAAGAAAAGUUCUUUAAUCCUUCUGUCACCUCAGUCAGUAACACCACAGCUUUUACAACUGACUCCUCGGGGAUGCUUCCUAUACCACAGGAUGUUCCUGGGCCAUUUGGCGUGCCUCAAAAAUCUGAGUCUCUUUCAGAUAUGAAGUUUCCAAGUUUUGUGGAGAAGUACAUGCAAGCAGAUGGUGCAAAAAAAGAACUAAAUUUGCAAGUGCCCAACUAUGGGAACCCUGAGAAAGGUUUUUCCAGCUGGUUAGGGCCGAGCAGAUAUGAAUCAAAUGUCUCCACUGGUUUAUUAGAUGUGGAUGCACUUUCAAGAAAUGGACAAAGUAAAAUCAAUCCCAGACCUGGCAAGCUGGUGAUAUACUGUGAAUCAGACUAUCCAAAAAAUGGUAUUGAAGUUUUCCAUGAUGUUCCAGAUUGCACUUCUUGGGUUCUGUCACCAACAAUUUUAGUUAAAGUCAUCAGAGGAUGCUGGAUACUCUAUGAGAAGCCAAAUUUUGAAGGCCCCUCUAUUCCCCUGGAAGAAGGAGAGCUGGAACUCCCAGAUAUUUGGGGUUCAGGUACUUCUGAAGAGCAAAAUGAAUGCAAAUCUCUAAAGCCUGCAGUGAUUGGUUCAAUAAGACAUGUUGUUAAGGAUUACAGGGUUUGCCGGAUUGAUUUGUAUACGGAGCCUGAAGGGCUGGGAAUCGUGACUUCCUUUUUUGAUGACACUGAAGAAACUGGGGUGUUUGGCACCACUCAGAAGACUUGUUCUAUCAAAGUACACUGGGGCAUAUGGCUAAUUUAUGAAGAACCUGGUUUCCAGGGAGUCCCUUUAAUGUUAGAGCCUGGUGAAUAUCCUAAUUUAGCCUUCUGGGAGAAGAAGGAAGCCUACAUCAGGUCCAUGAGGCCCUUGAAAAUGGGUGGUCGCAAAGUUGAAUUUGGUGGAGAACCGAAGAUAAUCAUUUAUGAGAAGCCUUCCUUUGAAGGGAAACAUGUGGAAAUAGAAUCAGAAAUCUUUAUGCUCGGUGACAAGGAGUCAGAAGAAAAGAGAAGACUUCCACUUACAUCAGUGGGAUCCAUGAAAGUACUGGGAGGAGUUUGGGUUGCCUAUGAGAAGCCUGGGUUUGAAGGCCAUCAGUACUUGCUGGAAGAAGGAGCAUAUCGGGACUGGACAGACUGGGGUGGCUACGAUGAAGAGUUGCAGUCACUGCGACCCAUUGUUGGAGACUUCACAAGCUCCCAUAUGAUCAUGUACAGUGAAAAAGACUUUGGAUCGAAGGGUUCCAAUAUAAAUGUGUUAGGAAUUAUUUCCAAUUUGAAGGACACUGGAUAUGGGCUGAGGACACAGUCUAUAAAUGUGCUAAGUGGCGUGUGGGUGGCUUAUGAGAAUCCUGAAUUUACAGGGGAGCAGUAUGUGCUGGCUAAAGGGCUGUACCCCAGCAUUGAAGCAUGGGGGGGAAAGAACUGCAAAAUAUCUUCAGUUCAACCAAUCAUUAUGGAUAUUGUUGGAAGAGAAAGGGGAGAAGUCAAGGUCCAGUUAUUUUCAGAGCCUGAAUUCAAGGGUAUCUGCCAAAUAAUUGAAAAAAACACAAGAUGUAUUGAUUCAUUCGCUGUGAAGUCUUCAAAAGUUUUAGAUGGCAGCUGCAUAGUGUAUGACCAGGAAGAAUUCUCUGGUAACCAGUAUGUGUUAGAAGAAGGAAUCUAUCCUGAUCUGACAGCCAUGGGUUGCUCCCCCCAGGCAGUUCUGAAGUCUUUACGGAUUAUAAAUAUUGAGCUCUCAGAGCCAUGUAUAGCUCUUUUUGAAAAGAUGGGUUUCCAAGGGAAGAAAAUGGAAUUUGGUACAGAAGUCUUAAAUCUCCAGUUCCUGGGAUACAGUCCACAAAUAGCUUCUGUUCAAGUCCUUGGUGGCGUAUGGAUAAUUUAUGAGCACAGUAAUUACAGGGGACGUCAGAUGUUGUUAUCACCCAGUGAAAUACCAGACUGGUAUAAAGUGAGUGGCUGUUGUCAGAUAGGUUCCCUGAGACCUUUACUGCAGAAACGUGUGUACUUCAGGCUGAGAAACAAGGAAACAGGAAAGUUUGUGUCAGCUGAUGGAAACUUAGACAACCUGAAUCUUCUCAGAAUACAGGUUGCAGAAGAUACAAACUCAGAUGAUCAAAUUUGGCUUUACCAGGAUGGAUUCAUAAGGUGCCGGAUGGCAGAGGAUUGCUGCUUGACAAUUGUUGGAAAUCUUAUAACUCCUGGCUCUAAACUUGGUCUGUCAUUUGAGAGGAACGAAGACAAACAAUAUUGGCACAUUAGUCCCGAUGGCAGGAUUUAUAGCAAGAUGAAGCCCAAGCUGGUUUUAGAUAUCAAAGGAGGUGCCCAGUACGAUCGUGACCACGUCGUUGUCAACACGGUCAACGAAGAGAGGCUCACACAGUGCUGGGAACCACUGGUGGUAUAAACUCAAAACAAGCAAGGAUGACAUUUGAAUGAGCCACAAUUCCAGACACCAGGAUUGGCACUGCCACCUCUGAGGGAUACUGGAUCGACGAUGAGAGUUUGGUCUGGUCUUUGCCAUUUUAAAAAGAACAAGCAACAGAAUGAUUUCAGCUCUCCUAAGAUGAUUAUUCCUUUACAGGCUUGAGUAUCUCUCAUCCUUUCCAUUUUUUAAUUAAUCACAACUCAAUGGGAGAUAGAAUGGUAGUGUGCCUCUGGCUAGAGUGGAAGAACUAAAGGUGGGAGAGACCCCAUGGAGUGUGUCAGUGAGUAGUUAAUCCAGAACAGUUAAUAAGCACAAUUCUAAAUUAUUAUAAAAGUCUG